AUGAAGCUACCUGAAGGAUAUGCUGAAAGAAAAGGUAUCACUCUCCCUAAGAAUGUUGUUUGUAAGCUCCUUAAAUUGAUUUAUGGUCUUAAACAGGCAUCUAGGCAGUGGUAUAAGCGAUUUUCUUCUUUGUUAUUGAGUCUUGGAUUCACAAAAGGCCAUGGUGAUCAGACUUUGUUUGUCAAACCAGUUGGUAGAGAUGAUUUUGUUGCAGUUUUGGUGUAUGUUGAUGAUAUUGUUAUUGCCAGCACUACAGAUAUUAAGGCUACUAAAUUGACAGCGGCUCUGAAGCAACUGUUCAAGCUACGAGAUUUAGGAUGUAAGCCUUCUUCUUUGCCAAUGAUUCCUAAUCUGAAGAUGUAUAAAGAGCAAGGAGAUUUGCUUGAAGACAGAAAGCAAUAUCGUCGGAUUGUUGGGAAAUUGAUGUAUUUGACCAUUACUCGGCCAGAUAUCACCUUUGCCGUUAACAAGUUAUGUCAGUAUAUAUCAGCACCUCACACUCCUCAUUUAGCAGCUGCUUAUCACGUGUUGGGAUACAUUAAAGGCACUGUUGGCCAGGGACUUUUCUACUCUGCUAAUGCUGAUCUCACUUUGAAGGGUUUUGCUGACUCUAAUUAUGGGGGCUGUUUGGAUAGUAGACGAUCCACUACUGGUUUUACGAUGUUUGUUGGUGACUCUCUAAUCUCUUGGCGAUCAAAGAAACAACACACUGUUUCUCGUUCUUCUGCAGAGGUUGAGUACCGUGCCCUUGCUCUAGCUUCUUGUGAGUUGGUAUGGUUGAGUGUUUUGCUUCGUGAUUUGCGUGUCAACACUGCUGUAGUUCCUAUUUCAUUCUCUGAUAGUACCGCAGCUGUGUACAUUGCCACUAACCCAGUUUUUUACGAAAGGACGAAACACAUUGAAAUAGACUGUCAUACAGGCAGAGAUUGCUUGGAUGUUGGUCUUCUGAAACUUCUUCAUGUCAACACCGAAGAUCAAGUGGUUGAUAUUCUAACUAAACCAUUGUUUUCUCCUCAGUUUGAACAUUUAAAGUCCAAGAUGAGUAUUCAAAACAUUUUUCAGUGCACAUAA